AUGAUUAGGAAAAAAUUCUAUAAAAAUGUUGAAUUAAAAUCAUUACCAGAAUUGAAAUCGUUCAAAGAUUUAAAUAAAGAAAGUCCUCAAAUAUCAACAAAUGCUCUAUGUGAAAAUAUAAAAAAUAUUGUUUUAAUUAAUACACCUACUCGUAAAAAUGAAUAUGAUAUUCCAUUAAAAGGCUCUACUGAAGUUGAUAUGUAUAAAAAAUUGAGUGAAAAUUCUAUUGAUGUAGGGAUAUGUGCUGAACAUUGUAAAAACAUUAUUUAUAUCAAAAAUAAUAAUGAAAAAAUAAAAGCACUUUGUGCCAAACUUGCAACGAAUUUAAAAAAUUUAAAUAAUGUAACUGAUGUAGGAGAUAACCAUAAGGAUAAAUGUUCAAAUUUAAAAUACUGGACAUAUGAUCAAAUAUUUGACAUAUUUAGUAUUGAAGGAAAAUUUACCAAUAACCCAUCAAUCAUUAAUAAAAUUAAUCAGUUAAUUUUUCUUGUAAAUGAAGAAUUAGAUGCAGAUAAAAAAUGUACUUUUUAUGUUGAUGUUAGUUAUACAGAUUGGGAUAAAGAAAGAGAUUUAUACUAUUAUUUUUUAAAUUUUGAUAGUUUAAGUAAUGUUAAGGAUGACGAUGCAGAAAAUAAAAAGCAUUGUGACUAUCUUAAGUAUAUUAGUGAUAUAUAUAAGGAAAAUAUUAAAAAUUGCUGCGUGCGUUAUAUUAGACCCAAUGAGUACAUAGGGAAUAAAUGUCUAUAUUUUUUUAAUUGCAAUAAAAAAUAUUAUCCUAUUGAUCUCAUGUCUAAAUUGAAGUGCGAAAAUAUUGAAUAUAAAGAAAGUGUAAAAGAUAUUUUUGAUUCUAUAACCGUCGAUCUCAAC